AUGGAACGGCCAGCGCUCGUUCUGGGCUCACCGUUGCCCGAAACACCUCCUAAGCGGCAGACGGCCUCGCGGCUCCUGGCCCAAUUCGGGUCACAACGAUCACCCACCUCAGUCACGCAGCUACGCCGAUCUUCGACCAACAUGACGCUUCCAACUCACGGUCUCCGCGAUCGUCCUCCCAUUUCGUAUGCGAUCUCUGACGGUUCAGACGAGUCUCGUUCGCCUUCGGUGUCCUCGGUAUUCACAAGUCCUGAAAAAGCACAGGUUAUUGACAGCCAGAGUAGCGAGGAUGAGGCGGACACCAUGGAAGAGAAGGAGCGCGCAGUAGCAGGAGGUCGUACACUGCGACCAACGUCAGUUUUGUCUGCUACAAGCAGAGCGCUCGGCACGGCAACUCAUCGCGCAAGCCGUAACUCUUCAGCCAGUAUCAAGAAGGGUAGCAAGAAGACAAACAAGAUUUUGAUUUCCGAUACCCUUCUUCCAUCGAAGACGACUGCAGGUCACAAGGUUGAGACGGCCCGGCAGAGGAUCCGCACCGACAUUGCGGCUGGUACCAAAAUCAAGCAGGAGAGGUUUCUCAUCGCGAAGAAGAACUACUUCCUACCACUCCUCCCCACACAGAACUAUGUUCAGAAGCUGGUGAACAGCCGCGAGGGUGUCGAACCUCAGGUUGUCCCCUACGAAGCACUGGAGCACCAGCCGAAGGGUGUCAUAGCAACAAUGAAGCCUUAUCAGCUCAGCGGUCUGUCGUUCCUGCUUUAUCUCCAUGAGAACGGCAUGUCGGGCAUGCUCGGCGAUGAGAUGGGCUUGGGGAAGACACUUCAGACGCUCUCACUAUUCCAGUACUUGAAAGAACGGAAACACGUGACCUCAUCUGCGGAGUCUCGACCAUUCCUCGUCGUCUGCCCUCUGAGUGUUCUCAGCUCGUGGAUGGCGGAAGCGCGGAAGUGGACGCCAGGUCUGAAGGUUUUGAGGUUCCACGGUCCAGUCAGUGAGCGCAAGCAUCUCAAGAAGGUCGCUUCAGGUCAAGAGGACCGAUAUGGCAACACUCUCGAUCGUACGAAGAAGCGCACCACUUCGAGCAAGCCAGUAAUGGACUUUGUUGAGACCGAUAUUGCUGCCGGCGGUUAUGACUUGAUCGUAACGACGUACGAAACAUUUCAGGCGGAACAGGGAUGGUUCAAGACGGCUUUUGUCUGGCGAUACGUCGUGCUCGAUGAAGGCCAUAAGAUCAAGAAUAACAUGACCGAUAUUUCGCGGGCAUUGCAAGGCCUGCAAGCCGAGUACCGCCUCAUUCUAACCGGCACUCCGCUUCAAAACAACCUUCUCGAACUGUGGGCUAUUCUGCAUUGGAUGUAUCCUCAGGUCUUCUCCGAGCAAAGUGCCGAGCUCUUCAAGUCUUCAUUCGACCUUACACGUGGCAAGGUCAACACCACCGUCAUGGAUGAUGCUCGCCGUCUACUGGAGUUGAUUAUGCUUCGGAGGACAAAAACGAGCCCUGGUGUCGACUUGAACCUGCCUCCAAAGGAAGAAGUCCUGCUGUACGUGCCGCUGACGCCUAUGCAAAGGUUUUGGUACACAAGACUCCUCACCAAAGCCGACAGCCGUCUAGUCGACGAGCUUUUUCAGGACGUUAAGGGUAAAGAGGUCAACGCGCUCAAAGCCGAGGCUGAGGAGGACGCGGCUCUGGCGAAGCUCCAGUCGAUGCACCCUAGCCAAGAAGGUUCUAACGAGUGGCACGAAAGCAAGGAGAUUAUACGCCAAGCUUUGGAGGAGGAACAGAGCACCAUUGCCACCAACAAAUCCGCAUGGCGGAAGUUGAUGAAUCUAGUCAUGCAGCUGCGCAAGUGUUGUAACCAUCCGUACUUGCUACCAAAUGCGGCACCGGUUCCUUACCUUGUUGGUGAGCAUGUCGUCCUCGCUUCGGGCAAGUUCGUCGUUCUACGAAAGAUUCUCCAGGACUUGAUCGUGGAAAAGCGCAAGAAAGUGUUGAUCUUCUCUGGCUUCACCGGCAUGCUCGAUUGCACUGAGGAUCUCUUGGCUCUGAUUGGGGGUAAUGGUAGCGACUUUCGUUACUUGCGCCUUGAUGGCCAGACGGGACGCGCAAGGAGAAAUCUUGCUAUUCGGAUGUUUAAUGACCGCUCCUCUGAAUACAAGACCAUGUUGAUCUCGACCAGGGCCGGAGGGCUCGGCAUCAAUCUCGCGUCCGCCACAGAUGUCAUCUUUUUAGACGAAGACUGGAACCCCCAGAUCAUGCUCCAGGCCGAGGCUCGCGCGCACCGUAUCGGCCAAACUCAACCAGUCACUGUGUAUAAGCUCUGCACGCAAGGCACUGUCGAGGAGCAAAUGAUGGGUCGUAUUAGGAAGAAGCUGUACCUGUCUGCCAAGAUCACUGAGUCGAUGCAGAAUAACUAUAGCACACCCACCAAGUCAGGCAGGGGUAAGAAAGCAUCGUCUGAAGGUGUCUCGGACGACGUGCCACAACUCGGUACCACCCAGCUCAUGUCUCUGGUUCGUCGCGGAGCGCAGACCCUCUCUCACCCUGAGAUUGAUGCCACCGAGAUGCUAUCGUGGGACUUACCCACUAUUCUGGAAAAGUGCAGAGACAAGCCUAGUGAUCCUCACAUGAGUGAACAGUCAGCGUCGUCCUCUUCCGACUCUGACGAAAAGAAGUGGCUCUCAGUGAUGGAGAAAGUAGAGUGCGCUGUCUUCGAUGGGCGCAAAUAUCAGAAGCAGCUGCCAGCGGACGACAGGAUCCUCUCUUCAGAAAUCACUAGAGCAGAUCGCCGGAAGGACAAGAACACCACUGUAAUGGUCGAUGGUUUUGCCAUUAACAAGGAGAGCAUGAGAUGCGCUGACUGGGAGGCUGUGCCCACAAUGGCGGGCAAAGAUCCUCGUCUUGCUGAGCCGAAGCGUGAGAAGAAGCCUGAGAUGGUGAACCAGGAGUACUGUCAAAUGUGCUGGAAUGGUGGUACGAUAUACUGCUGCGCACGAUGUCCGCGCAGUUAUCACCAGAAUUGCCUGCCUAAAGCCUUCGAAGCCAAGAUCAAGGCCUUUGGAUCAACCUUCUGUCCGCAGCACUCCUGCUUCGACUGCGAGAAGAGCACCAGCGACGCCGGCAACCUCAUCUAUAGAUGCCGCUGGUGCGAGAAAGGUUUUUGCGAAGACUGUCUGGACUUUGACCGCGCGGAUCUAAUCGGCGAGACUCUGCCCGAAUACGAGGCCCUCGGAUUCACGAAACCGGAGAAUCAUGCCUUUUACAUCAGAUGCCACCAAUGCCGCGAAUUGCACAAAGACCCUGCCGCCCGCGCUGUCGUUGAGCAGCAAGACGCCUUCUUCCGCGCUCAGUACGCUUCGACGCACGAGCAGAGCCAGCUGCUUGCUGGUAUCACUGCGGCCGCGGCGGCCGUCCCGGCGUACACGCCGUCCGAUAGUGAAGAGCCUCCGAGCCGCGCGGAGAGCAUGACGGAGGCGACGACGGUGGAUGGAUCGAGUGUUUCUACGCCUAGGGGCUCGGAAGUUGGGCUGCCGUCCCGCAAGCGCAAGGCUGAUGUCGGCAUCGUUGACGGGAAGAGGUUUCGUUUGAAGCUGAACAUGCCGAACCUGAUGGGCUGA